AUGUUUCGUUCCGAGCAGAAAGUAACCCGCAUCGACCAGUUUUUUCAGUCCAACGAAAUGGAAUGGCAUUUCAUCUCGCCAGACGCACCGGAGUUUGGUGACCUCUGGGAGGCUGCCGUGAAAAGCACGAAGAGUCAUCUGAAGCGAGUGAUUGGUGCUACCACCUUAACAUUCGAGGAAACGGCUACAUUGUUAUGCCAAAUCGAAGCGAUACUCAAUUCCCGUCCGUGGUUCGCCAUCUCUACCGACGCAACGGAAUCCGAAGUCCUAACUCCAGGACAUUUUCUGAUCGGCCGUCCACUGACGGCGAUUCCCGAGCCUGCGUACGUCGGCGAGAAGAUCGGUCGACUAAAACGUUGGCAACACAUUCAAUUGAUGCGUGAACAUUUUUGGAGAACAUGGUCUCGAGAUUAUCUGUGA